AUGUUUGCGUCCAGACGAUCGCGACUUGAUCUUCCGACGUCGGUGGCUCGCUUUCUGGAUCUCAAAAGGGAUACCAGCUCGCGGUAUCGGCGCUUGCAGUUCAUAUACGAAAAUACGGCCGAGCCGGACAAGCGAAAAGCUUUUUUCGAAGAACACUACUUUGAAAGCUUCCAACUUUUUCAGGAUAUGUUUUUCCAGAUCGAUUUGCCUGCCCAUGCGCCUGGCGUUCGUGCGAAUAUGAACGAACUGGAGUACGCUUUGUGGAUACUAGAGACGUUGUUCUGUUACUUGCCUGAACUUGUGAGUAAGCGUUGGCAAUAUAACUGUAUUGCGUACUGUUUGAAGCGUUUGUUGCACCCGCAGAGUUUCCUGGAAGUCAGGCGGUUCGGACUGAAAUUGUUUCUGCUUUGGUACCAGUGCCUAGGCAUCGGUCCGUACGGAGCCACGGAACUAGAUGAAUAUUUUUCAUCGCUGAUACCAAAUCUUCCCGUGAGGAAGGACCUGUCUUCGGAAAUGGCGUUGCAGUUAUUAUGUGAAUCCGCCUUUGUUCGGCUGCACGAUUCACCUGAUAACUUGGACGGUAUCUGUGUGGCGAAGAAACCUCAACCUAUCAUGUGCCGAUACGCGGUGCUGUGUUUUCGCAACGCCGCAUCGUUUGAUCUGUACAACCCGCAGUUUGUGUCGCAGGAUAAUAGUGUCGAUUGCAACCUUGCAUCGACGAAUCCUGAAGACCCAUUUAUCGUUUGCCAAAGCUUACUGAUCAGCUGGGUAGUUUCGUACACGUUUAGUCACAAAAAACAGUACGACUCGUUCAAUCGAAAUGAGAUAAACGCGGAAAAACAUGGUGGCAAGAAUGGCUUGGCCGCGGCUAAAGGUGAUGUGAAGCUGCCCGUAAAUUACGUGCUCUUCCGAAAAGUGCUUUUUGGUUCGCUGUCAACUGUCAAUUUUACCUUUGGUAUUUUGCGCGAAAGCUUCCUGAUGCCUUUUUCGUUCGUAGUGCUUAUGUACCGUGUUUUCAAGACGUUGCGAGAGUGGUUACUUUCCAAGGAUAAGCCUCCAUUUUUCAAUCCGUCCCCGACGUCAGAAAGCGGCUCAGCGAAUUGUGCAUUUUGUUGCAUUGGAGUGCAAAAAAGCGUUCAGGGCAUUCUCGUUGUGCUUAGCACCUUCUUCUGCAACAAAUAUCUGCUGGAGGGAAACGAGUACACUAACGUCAUCGUACGCGUCAGUAACAUGAUUCUGGCGCUGUUUAGCCGUCUAGCCAAGUUCAAGUCGGACGAGAAACCUGAUGAAAGCAGCCCCGUGAUGAACGAGGCUACGUGGCAGUUUCUCCUUACCGUCCUGCUACGCAUCACUCAGGAUAUAAUACCAGUCACGCCGACCGUCCUCAAACGGCCUCAUAUUUCGCUACACAUCUCAUCAUCAGUGUUUCGCACGUUGAUCGGCAUUUGGGCAUGCGCCAACGUUAACGUGUCGGUGCCGAACGAGAUGUGGGACAAGCUGACAAUACUGUGCAGCAGUCGCACGGCGUGGCUCGAACUGAUUGUCGAAUGGGGCAACAUACUGGUACUGUUCACCAGAGCGCUUGGCAUUCACCUGUAUGGCGUGGAUGUUUGCGACCCACCGCUGGAACGUUUAUCUGAGCAGAAGACCAAGCGGCGGUUGGGUGUUUCACGCUCGUUGCUGCCCUCUGAGGAAGUUCUUGAAGGCGGCAGUGGAACAGCCCCUGGAACUGGGGCCAGCGUGGGCAUGACAGAACAACAGGAGUAUAACUUUUGUCAGUUUCCGGAGCAGGCUACGGUUUCGUGUGCUAGUGUAAAGCGAAAUUCAACGUGUGUCGUUCAUGCCGUCACCGUUGCAGACGCGGAUGAUCUGGCGAGGGCAUUUGAUCUGAAGACUGAGGCGGCACUUCCGGAAGCAUCAGAAAUGGAGAAAUCUCCAACGAAAAUGACUUCCAGCGCUGCGUUAGAGACAACAUCAGCGACACCAUCAGCAGAAACGAGCGAUCAAGCGCUUUCGGUCGAGGAGGACGAGUCCGCAGCGUCCGAUGACAGUGACUUCGACGCUGACCACACGAAAUUGCCCCAUGUGUCACUGGACGACACGAAGAACGCGGCGCAGAGCGACGACGUAUCGGCCGAUUCGUCGCUGAUCAACAAUGAUGCGGACAGUAUUAGUGAGGAGUUCGUGACUCCGGAGGAGCCGAACGCUCGCUCGCCUUCUCUCGAGUUAUUGCCUAAGCAGUUUCCCGAAGAUGACGGCUUCUGUCGCAGCUCUACCCCUGAAAACUACGCGAUCGCGUGGCGCCGCAUCGUUGGCAUCCUCGGCGACAUUAACGAGAUUACCGAUGCCAGCAUCCACUUGCGCUGUUUAAAAAUCCUGGAGACAGUCAUCAACUCGUUCUUCAAAAUCCGCUUCAACCAAGGCGUCGCAAUCGACGGCAGCGCGUCGAAGGCCAGUGCACUCCCUCCCAGUCUGGUACCACCUUUCACGAUAUUCGCACCAUGGUUGAUCACUUCUCUGAAGCUUUCCAAAAGCUAUAGGUCGAGCAAGAUACUGGCUGUGCGUCUAAUCUGCCGCAUUUAUGCGCGCAGACAAGAUGUCCCGCUAAGCCGCGUGGAUAAUGCCAGCUUUUUGCUAGUGCUACACAAUACGUUGUUGUCUGACCAAGAAGAGCUGAUCUUGGAGGUGGUGAAAAACUGCGCACCGGAAAUCUUUUAUCGCAAUGUCAGCGGCUGUCAAGCAUUAUUGUAUGAUCUGUACCGUGGCUGCAUGUCGAUACUCAAUUCGCACCUACCAGACGGCACUAAGUAUCCGCCUGUGGCGACGUUCGCCGCUAGCACAAUAUGUCUAGUGGCGUCAUUAAAAUCCAUCCCUUGCAUCGACUCGCAGAAUCGCAUCAUCGAGAUGGACGCCGAGAAAUUACUGUUCGAUAUGGUCGGUCUUCUGUCGACGGUGGUGAAAAAAAACGUCGACGAUGAUGUUACUGUUUUGUCGCUGAAAGGUCUGUCGUUGUUCGUGUUCUCACAACUAGUCAAGGGCAAAUUCACGAACGUGCUGCGCGACAGCUUCACAAUAUUGCUAAAUGGCAUCAACUUCUCGAACUGCAAGAUCAGCCUGUGCAUCUGCCAGAUGCUACAUCCGUUACUGUCCGUGAUACCGCAGCUGAUCACGUUGUUUCAGUUUCUGAUCGAGGAUCUGUUCACUGUCUACCUGAUGGCGCUUCAGUCUUUCCUUGAAACGACGGACGCUGACGCGCUGCCCUGUUCCGAUCUCAAGCAGCGUCUGCAGACUCGUAUUUUGUUAGACCUGUGCCAGUGGUGUCUGUCUUUGCCUCCAGAGUUCAUCGCGUCGCCAGAACGCAGGCAGUCGUUUCUUUUGUCUUAUCUUCGUCUUAUUCAGCUUUGUUUCAUAAAGGCUAGCCAGCGUUCUUGUUCUGUCCUUCCGAAGGUUGUUUGUGCAUUGCUUAAUUGUUACUUUGACCAAAAACUUUUCCCGUAUAGCUUUAGUGCACCAGAGAGACCGCCGAACGAAAUGAUCGGCGUCUACUCAUCGUUAAAGAACCGGCACAUUGCCGCGUUUGAAAGCGUCGACAAAGGAAAUAGCGGCGUCAGCGGCAGCGAAUGCAGUCGGUUCGCGUUUCGCAAUAUCGUUGAAAAGCAUUCGUGGCAGAUCAGACGCCUGAACCGUUGCGGUCGACCGUCUCGCGACCUCAAUCGUGGCUUGCUUAGUUUGUCGCUACCCAACGACAAAAGCCGUGGCGGAUCGAAACGUGGUGCGCUGCGGCCCAGCGAUGACUUCGCUGCUGCCGGAUCUCAUUUCGUCGACUCGCUACUUGACUAUCUGCUUGAAACCAGCCCUGAGUGCUUCCUCAGAUCGGCGUGCGGUGAGGAGGCCGCAGCCGACUUCGACUCGUUUAUACCUGACAUCCCGGUCAUUAAGCCGAUGAAGCUGGUUGCUGAAAGCGAGUGUCAUUCGCGCGGCUCGAUGAUGACUUUCAUCGAAUACUUCGGCUGCGCCGAUCGUUUCAGUGCUUGCCGCAUGUUGCUCGAUGCCUUCUACCAUCAUUUGUGGGAAACAACGGGCAGCGUAAAGCUUUUGGAGAAGUCGCGGCAGCUUAACCUCGAGCUGAAACACAUUGACAACAUCAGACUCCAUGAGCUGCACAAGAUCGCUGUAAUCUAUGUUGCUCCUGGUCAAGAAGACAAGCAGUCAAUCCUCAGCAAUCGAACCGGCUCGAAGGCCUUCGAGCGGUUCAUUUCCGCACUCGGCUGGGAGGUCGACUUAAAGACGCAUCUCGGUUACAUGGGUGGUUUGCCGCCGGACGGAACAACCGCAUAUUACUGUACACCGAUGCUCGAGGUCAUAUUCCACAUCAGCACCCGCCUCAGCUGUACGGACAUCAACAAGAAAUUGAGACACCUGGGCAACGAUGAAGUGCACAUCGUUUGGUCGGAACACUGGCGCGACUAUCGGCGUUCGAUCAUACCGACUGAAUUUUGUGACGUGCUGAUCGUCAUUUAUCCGUUGACUAACGACGUGUUUCGGGUGCACAUCGAGUACGAUAAUACAAUUUCCGAUUUUGGUCCAUUGUUCAACGACGCGUUGGUCAGCUGGGACGCACUAUCCGAGUUAAUCAGAACUACAGCAGUUAACGCCAGCAGGAGCAAGCGAGGAACUUCAGAGGCAUACAAGACUUCUCACGAGCACAGGUUCGAAAGCCUCGAAAAUGUCGCAGACCAUCUGGCCGAAAACAUAACCUUCGGCGAGCUCGUCGCAGGCCUGUUUUCACCAUCACCGCUUAAUAAAAUAUCCGAUUAG